GCAGAGACCGGCACGUGAGGAGGACCCUAUCCGAUCUGUUUUGACGCUUUCGUUUGAAAAUAGGCGGUUUGCAAUGAACCGGACGGGAUCGCCGUGCAGUGCGCGCCUCUGAAAUCGAAACAAAAAAAAAAGCGGUCGCAUCGCAGUGCGCGUUGGAUUCCAGACAUUGAGCCUACUUGAUGCGGGGCGCUUUCCGAGACGUUACGUUACGUUAUUUAAACGGUGUUUGAUGGUGUUCCUUAGCCUGCUAGAUCCGUAGUCACCCGUGCUGUCAGCCAUGGAGAAGAACGCCAAAAGCAUUUACGAAAAAUCGAACGCGAUCGAUAUAGAAUUCGAGGACCUCUCGUUUACCGUCAAACGGAAAAAAGAUGCCAAGAAGAUCAUCAAAGGCGUUUCGGGAAAAUUUAAAUCUGGCGAACUCACCGCCAUUAUGGGCCCCUCGGGGGCGGGCAAGACCUCUCUGCUCAACAUACUCACCGGAUAUCAGGUAUCGGGAGUGGAAGGUACAAUCGGGUGCGUCAGCGGCGGCAAAAGAAAAACCGGAUGUGCACAGUACAAGAAACACUCGUGUUACAUUCUGCAGGACGACCAUCUUCCCGACUAUUUGACGGUCGCCGAGUCGAUGCGACUGGCGACCCGAUUGAAAAUCUCGCGCGUUUCGAAGCAAGUCGAAGAAUUUUUGAUCAACGACAUUCUAACCACAAUCGGAUUGUACACGUCCAAGAACACGCCCUGCGGAAAUCUGUCUGGCGGUCAAAAAAAGCGUCUUUCAAUCGCGCUGGAACUCGUCGACGAUCCCCUCAUCAUGUUUCUAGACGAACCGACCACCGGGCUGGACAGCAGUUCCGCGAACCAGUGCGUGUCCAUGUUGAACGAUCUGGCCAAGAAAGGCAGAACGAUCGUAUGCACCAUACACCAGCCCAGCACGCCUCUGUACGUGACCUUCAGCCACGUGUACGUUAUGGCCGAUGGUAGAUGCGCCUUUCAGGGAUCGCCGACCAACACGGUACCUUAUCUGGCCUCGGUCGGUUUCGUUUGUCCCCAGUACCAUAACCCUGCCGAUUUUUUACUGGAGGUGACGUCUGGCGAGCACGGGGAUUCGAUAGAACUGCUGUCAAAAGCCGCGUCGGAUCCCAAGUGGAGAUCGAAUAUUCUAUCGGAAGAAAUCCAGCUGACCGAAAAGGAAAUGGAGGUCAUCGCCACCCCCACGGGCGUCGUUUACUACGAAGACGAUGUAUCGUACCAGAGCCCAUCCGAACUGACCAGGUUCUUCAUAUUGCUCAGGAAACAGAUGGUGUAUUUGAAUCGGGAUUGGACCGUGUCGAAGCUAAAGAUCCUUCUCCACUUUCUUGUAGGGAUAUUCUUGGGACUGAAUUUUCAAAAGUGCGGUUACGACGCGUCAAAAGUCAUAACGAACGUGUCUUUUUUUAUGUGCAGCGUGGUCUACGUCAGCUAUACGGCGCUGAUGCCCUCAGUUCUCAGAUACCCUUCCGAGUUGUCCCUAAUCAAAAAAGAGCAUUUCAAUCGUUGGUACAAGCUCAAAACUUAUUACAUCGCCCAUAUGGUCACCGAUAUUCCGAUGCAGAUUUUGUUCGCGCUGAUAUACCAAUCGAUGUCCUACGUCAUCAGCUCACAGCCUCUGGAAAUUUCUAGGUUUCUCAUGGUGUUUGUGAUGCUCUCGAUGGUCGGGGUUAUUUCGUCGGCCAUGGGGCUGAUGUUUGGGACGCUCGUGAAUCCGAUCAAUGGCACUUUCUUCGCCGCCGUCACCACCGCCCUCAUGUUCAGCUUCGCCGGAUUCCUGUGUCUGAUCCCGCACAUGUCCAAGGCCAUGUAUUUCCUCACCAAUUUCUCUUACAUGAGCUACUGCAUGGAUGGACUGAUGCAGGCGGCCUACGGCCAUAACAGGUCCGCCCUCAUUUGUCCCGAAGAGGAAGAAAUUUGCUUGUACACCGUGCCGUCCGAUAUACUAAACGAAAUUGGAAUGGACAAACUGCCGUUUUGGGCCAACGUCGGUUACAUGGUCUUGAACGCCGCCCUCUUCAGGUUUUUGGCGUAUUGCAGCCUGAGGCGAAAGAUCAAAAGCAGUUGUUAGAAACGAAGAAAAAAACAAGCCUCGUUAUUAAGUUCGAGGCGAGGCGUUAAACGUUUGAGAGCGAUCCGAUGUUGCCGGUCAGUAUUUUGUCGGAUACUUACCAACAAACGAAACAAAUAGAAUCCGCUGGAUCGCUGUCAAACGUCAAACGCCUUUCGGAUAACUCUCUAGGUACUUAUUAAAAUCGUAUUGUGAUAUUUAAGGAUAAUUAAUUGUGUUAUAUUUAUUUCGCCCCUUGGGAAACAUUUUCGCCGAUUAUCUGUAAAAUAUUCGGAGCGUAAGUUUUCAAGUAAAAUAAAGUAGA